CUUGCAUUCUAGUCUGUAGUGGGGGACUUCGAACUGAAGGGGGCAGCACGCAGUAGUCAGUUAUUCAAGAGUGAGAUCCAGUCGCCCGACUUUAACACAAAACAUACAAAAUAACCAUAUUUGUGACAUAGUUAUCGUAAAUAAUGAAUAUGUGUGAUUUGGGGAAAAUGAAAAGGUGGGAAAUGGAUUAAUUGUGCGUGUCUAAAGUUCAUAGCUGUCAUGAUCUAAUUGAAAUUUGAAGGUGAACUUACUCACCUAGUGAUAAAUAUUUACCAACAUACGAAAAGACUGUUUUAGUGAUAAUACAAAAAUUAAUACUGCCUAAAUAUGUUUAAGUUACUUGGAGGUUUAAAAGAUUACCUUAAAUACCAGGACAUUAUUAUUGACUGUGCCAUCUUUCGCAUGCAUAACCUCUUUACUACAGCACUUCUAAUGGCAUGUAGUUUAAUUAUAACCGCUACUCAAUAUGUAGGCAACCCCAUCCAAUGUAUUGUUAGUGGAGUACAGGCACAUGUGGUCAACACUUUUUGUUGGAUCUCGUCUACAUUUACUAUGCCAGAUGCUUUUAAAAGACAGGUCGGUCGGGAGGUUGCCCACCCUGGUAUAGCAAACGAUUUUAAUGACGAAAGUGCUCAGAAAUAUUAUACAUACUACCAAUGGGUCUGUUUUGUGCUAUUUUUUCAGGCGAUGGCCUGUUACGUGCCAAAAGUUUUAUGGGACCUUUUUGAGGGAGGAUUAAUGCGAAUGUUAGUUAUGGGUCUGAAUGUUGGAGUUUGCCAUGAAAAGGAAAAAAAUACCAAAAAAGAAGUUAUUAUAGAUUACCUUAUAAGACACGUCAAGAGACACAAUAUGUAUGCUCUAAGAUACUGGGCAUGUGAAUGUUUAUGCCUUAUAAACAUCAUCGUCCAACUGUACGUAAUGAACAAAUUCUUUGACGGGGAGUUUCUUUCUUAUGGUUGGAGGGUUAUGAACUUUUCUGAACAAUCUCAAGAAGAUAGAAUCGAUCCUAUGGUAUACAUCUUCCCUAGAGUGACCAAAUGCUUAUUCUACAAGUAUGGUCCUUCGGGCAGUAUACAAAAACAUGACAGUUUAUGUGUGUUGCCUCUUAACAUUGUAAACGAGAAAACAUACAUUUUUAUCUGGUUUUGGUUUAUGAUAUUGGCAACGCUGCUUAGCAUUCUUGUGGUAUAUAGAGUAAUAAUUAUAACCUGUCCAAAAAUACGACCGAAAAUUAUGCAUGCGAAAAACAGAGCCAUACCAAUCGAGGUUUGUGAAGCUUUAACGAGGAAAGUAGAUCUUGGUGAUUGGUGGAUAUUGUUAAUGUUGGGAACAAAUAUGGAUCCCAUGAUUUAUAGAGAAAUUAUAUCUGAGUUGGCGAAAAAAAUUGAGACAAAUGCAAGCAAUAGUUAAAGAUGCCUCAUUUAUAAGAAAAGCUUAAUGUAAGAUAAAAUGAAGUUUAAAACAAACUAUUUAUACAAAUAUAUAAACCAACAAUAUAAUUUUUCUAUUUUUAAAGAGCUGUUGUCGACCUAACUUGUAACACAUUAAAAAAUGGUGUAGCUCAACUACCAUAAAGUCAUUAUUUAUAUAGCAUGAUUGUUACGAAAGCAAUUUAUUUAUAUGACCAAUGAUUACCUAUAUGAUUAAUGGCUUUUAAUUCCAGAAUCAUUAUUAAUAUGUUUAAAGACAAGUGUGCAUUAAUAACAUUCUUAAACAUUCCUUUUUGGACCACCUUUUUAUAAAAUAAUAAAUAAGAAAAAGCAUUGAGAUACCUAUAUAAUUGUAGAUUAUAAUCGCUGAAUUAAGUACAAUAUUAUUAUUUUAAAUAAUCAUGUCAUGACAUUUUUUAUUUAUAAUUUCUAUGGUUACUACGAUAAACUCAAUUAAAAUACUUAUGUUAUGUAUUUGUGUUAUUGAAAUACCUACUAGUAAAUUUUAUUUUUAUAUGGACUUUAUCAGGGUCUAAACUAU